CUCUUUGAGUACAACACAAUUAGACGAUUUCGUAUGACUGUUGCGUGAGCUCCAAUCACUAUUUCUCCGCAUCGGUGAAUAGUUUAUCUCCUUUAAUCGUGCAUUUUCAUCACUUAAUUACACUUUAAGAAUUCACUCUGAUACAUGUGGUUGGCAGGAUGCUUAGAUAGUUUUUUUCCGAUUGUUGGGGGCUUGAUAUCAUCAAAAGUUAGUCGAUUCGUUCUCAUUGAAUAGGGAAUAUGUGCGAGUGAAUGUGAGAAAGUACACGAUUGCGCUCCCCCCCUUUUUUUUUGUUCAACUUGUGGAGUUAUUUAUUCGAGGGAGUUUGUUGGUGUAGGUUGACGUCUGAGACCAGAUGUUUUGGCCUUCAGUGACUCACAGUGGAUCACAUUUGUGUUAAGAAGAGUUGUUGGCAGUCCGGGGCUUAAUAGCGAAGUGCAUGUGUGAAAUGCUGGCUCUGGUGUAACUUAUAGGGGAAUGGUGAUGAGGAACUGGUGAGGAUUUUCAAGAGGUCUUUGCUAAAAGAUUUGUUAUUGGGAGUUACAUUACACGGAAAUAAUGACGGAAUAUAAACUAGUGGUUGUUGGGGCUGGUGGUGUCGGCAAAUCAGCUCUUACUAUUCAACUUAUUCAAAAUCAUUUUGUCGAUGAGUACGAUCCAACGAUAGAGGAUUCAUAUAGAAAACAGGUUGUUAUUGAUGGGGAGACUUGUCUUCUGGAUAUUUUGGAUACCGCUGGACAGGAGGAGUACAGUGCAAUGAGAGAUCAGUACAUGAGGACCGGGGAGGGAUUUCUCUUAGUUUUUGCAGUUAAUUCCGCGAAGAGCUUUGAAGACAUAGGAACAUACAGAGAACAAAUCAAAAGGGUGAAAGAUGCAGAGGAGGUACCCAUGGUAUUAGUCGGUAAUAAAUGUGAUCUACAACAAUCGUGGGCUGUGAAUAUGUCACAAGCGAGAGAAGUUGCGCGUCAAUAUGGUGUACCGUUCGUUGAAACAUCAGCCAAAACACGAAUGGGUGUAGAUGAUGCUUUUUACACAUUGGUACGAGAAAUACGAAAGGAUAAGGAGCACCGGGGAAAAGAGAAGAGAAAACGUCAGAGAGCCGGUAAUUCAGGACGCAGGAGACCCAGAUGCUGUCUCCUAUAAGUACAAUUACCAGUUGUUCGUCAUUUGACACUCAAUCACAAAGAAUUAAGGAUGAAAUCAUGCAAGCUUUAAAGAGAACAGAUGAGAAAUCGUGGAGCACGUGUUUUUUCUGUGAAUCAAGGGAUUUACCAAAUAUGCAGUUUUUUCGUGGCUUGCCUCAAAUCCUCCAACAUCUUAAAGGAUUCAAACGAAAUUCCGCACAAUUUUUUCUAUCGAAGUUAAAUAAUCGAUUAGGUAUUUCCACGGUUUUUGUGGACGGGGAUUUUUCAAUUCAGUACACGGUGGACAGUGGUGAAGAAUAGCAAGACCAAGGUCUGUGAUUUUAAGAGAGAUAACGGAAUUAGGCUUGAGAUAUCUUUCGUAGAGUGGAAUCAGAGUUGACAAAAAGGUAUUUACAAGAAUUUCAUAAUUUCCCUUAAGUUCAGAGAUAUUUAUUUGAAACUUACCUAUUAAUUGAAUCGACUCACUCUUUAUCACUUUGCUACUGACUUCGACUUAUAUGUUGUUAUUUGUAUACAAAAAUAAUGAGCAGAGUGUCGAGAUCGAAGUUCUUCAAAUUUUGAUGUACGUUUUCUGUAUUUGACUAUUAAAAUGGCGAUGGUAUCUCGCAAUUAAAAUCAGUAUCUGGUGUCGUAUAUGAUACAAAAGAUAAUUAAAUUUGUAUUUCUCAUUGUUAUACUUCGAAAGUUAAAUA